CUGAUUAGCUGCGAUGGUGAUUGUUUGCAGGUGAAAACAUCAAACAAUGAAUUCUAUCGUGUAACACCGGUUUAUGGCUUCUUGGAGAAGUCGAGCAAAUCCGAACUGACGAUAAUCCGUUUAGAGGGACCACCGAAAGAGGAUAAAUUUGUUAUUCAAUGGGCCGAAGUACCGGAUGAGGAAACCGAUGCACAGGCACCGUUCAAGGCUGGUGCGCAGGCCGGGGAGUUGAUCAUGUCUGUUAAAGCCGAAUGA